AUAUGGAAGAAAUAAAUAGUUCUUUGUUAUUAAAAGAAUUAUACGACAUGGGAUUUCGGGAUGAACCUAUAGUAGAUUUUAUGGAAAGUUAUAAUAAACGCGGAGAAGAUUAUAAAAGAAAACAGGCUCAAAAGGAUAUUUCUGAUGAAGCAAGAUUUCUUAACCCAAUAGCAGAGAGAAAAUUUAAACUUGCAAAUUGUAUCAGACAAAGUGCUUUUGCCGAAGAGAAAAGGUUACAAGACCCUGAAAAUAUUGAUGAAUACAUCAAUGAUGAAUUAUCCGCUUUGUAUGGGCGAAAUAUGAGUUUAGGAGGUGUACAUAGAAACCCUUCAAAAAGAUGCUCCCCAAAAAAGCCUGUUAAGAAGCCAGGCAAGGGUAAGCGCAAGAAGAAACGUGUAGGUGCUAUUAAUACCGUUGAUUAUAGAUAUUAUUAUCAAGAUGAUUCAGAAGAUGAUGAUUCAGAAGUUUAUUCGGAAGAUUCUAAUACUGAAAGUGAGGAAGAAGAUGAAACCAAUUAUGGUCUUAUUGGUGGCGUUAAAAAAAAAAAAAAGAAAUCUAAAGCACGCAAUAUAAAAAAACGCCCAAAAAUUACCAUUGUAACUAGAGAAAUCUUCAAUACAGCCUUAAAAAUGAUGGUUGAAUAUUUUACUAAAUCAUAUAAUCAAGAUGAUUUUAAUGAAAUCUUACAACCAUGUAUUGAUACCACUUUUUCAUCAAAUCAACCUAGCAUUGUAAGGCAAGAAACGGCUGAUAUGCAGAUACCACCUCCAGAAACAUUAACGCAACAAAUGCAACCAUUGCCAACAGAGACAUAUAAUCCGGAAUGGAUAAACCCUAUGCAAAUUGGCUUAAUUAAACGUCUUCCACCCAAUGAUGUAUCAACUAUCCCAUGCGAAAUUGUUCUACCUAAUGGCGAAUUAUUUUAUAAUCCAGAAGCGUGGUCUGAUACAUGUGCAUCCCGAAAUAUUAUCUCUAAGGGUCUCAGAAAAAAGCUUGGGCUAAAUAGUGAUUACCACUACUACUAA